AUGAUCAAACAUGCUAUUUGUUUCUUAGUAUUCUUGUAUGCACUGCAUGCGACACAUGCAGUGGAUUACAGUGUCACUAACAACGCAAUCACAACUUCUGGUGGUGUGGCUUUCCGUGACAAAAUUGGAGCAGACUACGCCAAGCGAACACUUGAAUCUGCCACCCAAUUCAUAUGGAGUGUCUUUAAGCAGAGCAACCCUGCUGACAGAAAAAACGUGCAGAAGGUAAGUUUGUUCGUGGAUGACAUGGAUGGAGUUGCAUAUACUAGCAACGAUCAGAUCCAUUUGAGUGCAAGAUAUGUUGGAAGCUAUCAAGGGGAUGUGAAAACAGAGAUUUCGGGGGUGCUCUAUCAUGAAAUGGUCCACGUUUGGCAGUGGAAUGGAAAUGGUGGUGCUCCUGGGGGAUUGAUUGAAGGUAUAGCAGACUAUGUGAGGCUGAAGGCAAACUAUGCACCUAGCCACUGGGUAAAACCGGGGCAAGGUCAGAAAUGGGACCAGGGUUAUGAUGUCACUGCUCGUUUUUUGGACUACUGUGAUAGUCUCAAAAGUGGGUUUGUGGCACAAUUGAACAAGUUGUUGAGGAGUGGUUACAGUGAUCAAUACUUUGUUCAGUUACUGGGAAAGCCAGUGAAUCAACUAUGGACAGACUAUAAGGCCAAGUAUGGCAACAUUGCCUAA